GAACAAACCUUUUUUCUCUUUGGAGCAAAAGGGCAAGAAAAAAGACGAAUAUCCGAUACGAGAUUUUCAUCAAAUUGUAUUCCAAUUUUGUGAUUUCGUACAUGAUUGAGGCCGACUCGAAAGUAGCCUCAACAUAAAGUGUAGAUAAGGCACACGAAGAUCUCUCACGAGGAUACAAUUUUAAUUUCGAAUCCCUGCAAUGUUGGGCAACGUAGCAAAAAACAGUCUCUUACUGCGCGGUAAGAGUGUACUGCUUAAAAGGUACAACGCACCACAGGUAGCAUAUAGUGUCAGAAGUAAAUGGGACACGGUGUCUUCUAAGUAUCAGAGCACAGCAUUGGAAAGCGAGGAUGACGGUGCCGAUCGGCCCAUAAAAUAUUCCACGUCGAAAGCCGCUACCAUGAGAAUCGACGAGUAUCGCGAUCCGAUAGGAGAUAAAUAUCCGUGGUAUCAGGGAAUGGUUAUUUCGACGAGUAUAGCUGUAUUCCUAGUUUAUUUCUGUAUCCUGAGAGAGGAAAACGAUAUUGAUAUGUUACUCGAUACCGAUUUGGGAGAAUCGCUGAGCAAAAUGCAGAAGGAAUUAGAAGAGAAACAGAAUGUUAAAGUUAAAUUGAAGUAGGACAUCUCUGUUUAUCCGAAAUGCUACCUCACGGGCUGUUUCGUAAAAUUCUGUUAUGCAAUACAUUGUUUUGUUAUGUAAAAUGUUCAUGCUUUUCAUAAGUAUACGUUAGCAGACGCUUAAUUCAGUUCACAGUAAUAUUUAUACUAAAUGUAUACUGUACAGAGUGCUAGGAAAGAGAUUUGUUAAGAGAAAUGUCUUGGUGUAAAUAAAAGAUGUCUUUUAUUGUAAACGAAAAA